AUGGAGCAGCAGAUCACCGUGGAAGGCCCGACGAUCGCUAUCUUCAAUGUGGCGAUGAUCGGGCACGUGAACCCUACUUUCGCAUUGGUCCAGGAGCUCCGCAAGCGUGGCUGCAAGGUGCACUACUUCUUGCCGCCCGUUGCACCGAUCCGUGCUGCUGCCGUCGAGUCCGGGGCAGUCGUGGAAGGCUACCUCCCCGAUGAUCCCUCAGACUUCGUGAUGGAGAAAUGUGGCAUUGACGAGCCUUUGUGUCACAUUGUGCCGGAGGUUCUGGAAGAUGACCGUGCAGAAUACGAGAGAUCCGUUUGGCCCCUGGCCCAGGCCCUCGUGUGCGGGGAGCAUGUCAUAGAGCGGUGCCGACAGCUGGGAGUCAGCGUGGUUCUCUAUGACCCCUUCCUUCCUCUUGGGCUUCUGGCAGCAACGAAGCUCGGCAUCCAGGGUGCUUCCUUGGUCACCUACCCUGGCAUGGGGAGCCUCUCUGGCUUGAUGUCGACCUUGGAAGCUGAAGGGCGGCUGGGGCGUGCGGCCACUAUCCGCAAGCCUUACGGCAAGGCUAUCCAGGAGAAAUUCGGCGUGGACUUGUCCUGCAACCUCCUCACUCGCCGGCAGUUCUACACGAAAACUAAUUUUGUCACCACUUGUGAGGACUUGAUCGCUGAGCUGCCAGCUUUGGGAGAGCAGAAAUGGGCGGAUGAGCUGCGCAAGGAGUUCAGCUUUUCUGCCGUCGGCUGCCUCGUCAGCAGCUCCGCGCCACACGUGAUCACAGCACGGUCAGACAGCUUCAUCCCGCGCGUGAAGAGCUUCGGUCACUCUUUGCCCGUGGCAGAGCUCUCGGAUCAGCUGGCCAAGGGCAAGAAGAUCAUCUAUGCCGCCUUGGGCACUAUGGCGCUUUCCGACCGGUGGGGCAUCGACCUCGGCCGCAUCAGUGCCGCCAACCUUCCUUCCGGAACCACUGGCAAAGCCUUCUGCCAGCAUGUGUGGAAAGCUCUCCUCGCUGCCAUGGAGGAGCUCGGAGAUGAUUUCUUCUGUGUUCUCUCGGUGGGGAAGCAGCCGGAUGCCCUGGACUUUCUGGGCCGCAGCGAGGCAGAGAUCUUCGAGCACGUGCCCAGCAACGUCCUGAUCCGUGGAUUUGUGCCACAGGUGGAAAUGUUGAACAACUACGCAUCAGCCUUUAUCUCUCACGUCGGUUUCAACAGCCUCCAGGAGAGCCUCAUGGCUGGAGUGCCCCUGGUGGCCAUCCCACAGGCAGUUGACCAGCCUGCGAACGCCUCCAAAGUGGAGCAGAGAGGCUGGGGCCAAGCUUUCUUCAAUCCCAUGGAGACAGUCACCAAAACUGCUUUGGCGGAGGCCUUGCGCCAGGUUAUGACUGAGAUCGAGACCACUGUUGAGUCGGAGGACGAUUCCUAUCGGGCCGAGCCAAGACCAGGAGGCGUUCCCCAGGUCCUGAAGAGUUUCGACCCUCAGGGCUUCUACCAGAUCCUGCCCGGGGAUUUCUUGAUGACACAUCCCAUUUCCUGCAUCGCGGAGCCCGUGUUCGACCAGGCCGUGGUCAUACUACACACCAACUCGGACCAUCCGCUCACCGAUUCGGGAGUUGUGCGUGGCCUAGUGCUCAACAAGCGACUCAACACGACGUUUAAGCAGCUGCUAGAGCGUGCACAGGAUCCUCAGGACAAGAAGUGGGCUGAAAAGCUUAGUGAAGUUCCCGCCGCCGCAGAGCUGCGCGUCUUUCGUGGCGGCCCCGUCAUUGUUGGAAGCUCGCUACAAGCCAAUAUCGAUUGGGUGCACAGCUUCCCGGAUGUCUCAGAGGCUCAGCAGGUCGCUCCGGGAGUUUGGUUCGGUGGGAAGAUCGAGGAAGUCCUGGAGAGAGCCGCGGCCUGCGAGGAGGAGGAGCCCCCUCUGCGCAUUAUGCUCGGCUACGCGGCCUGGUCAACGCAACAGCUGCAGAUCGAGCUUGAGUGCGGCGUCUGGUGCCGCGCCAGACCGCCACAAGACGACCUUCCGCUCCAAGGAGGGGCAGACAAAUCCAGCGUCUCUGCGAAGCUAUGUUUCGAUGAAGAUGGUGCGGAGGCUUGGAGAACAGCCCUGUUUCAAGCCGGCCAAGAUCUUCUGGCUCAGUUCCCUCGAGCACCAGGUGUCGACGCACGCAUCCGUGGCCACAUGAAGCGGUUUGAGAUGCAAAACCGCUCGAAAAGCUGA